GACCCAACUCACUCGCUCCCAAACCCAGCCCCCUCUCUCGUCGAAAUUUCUCAUAUUCCAAAGCUCCGAUUUUACAAAUUUCCAAAUUUUUUGGAAUCUCUGUUUUUUUUCUUCAAAUUCUCCAAGCAAAAAUAUUUCCAAUUUGUUCAAAAAUCCAAGCUCCAAUUGCAAUUUCUGGAAAUUUCAGCUCGAAAUUUCGAUUUUUAGCGAUUUUGAUCGGGGACUACAGUAUGUGAAGUCAACUUUGUAUCAUUUUUGUACCGAUAUUACUACAAGAAGCUUGAAAAUUAUCAUCAAUGGCGGACUCGGACAACGACUCGGGAGGAGCGCACGGGAAGAGCGAGCUCUCGCCGCGGGAACAGGACCGGUUGCUGCCGAUAGCGAACGUGAGCCGGAUCAUGAAGAAGGCGCUGCCGGCGAAUGCGAAGAUCUCGAAAGACGCGAAGGAGACGGUGCAGGAAUGCGUGUCGGAGUUCAUAAGCUUCAUUACCGGGGAGGCCUCCGACAAGUGUCAGAGGGAGAAGAGGAAGACGAUCAACGGCGACGAUUUGCUCUGGGCGAUGACGACGUUAGGGUUCGAGGAGUACGUGGAGCCUCUGAAGGUUUACUUGCAGAGGUUUAGGGAGAUGGAAGGGGAGAAGAGCAGCGUGGCGGCGCGUGACAAGGACGGGAGCGGUGGCGGAAUCGGUGGGGUUGGGUAUGAGCGGGGUGGUGGUGGUGGUGGUGGGAGUAGUGGUGGAGCUGGGGUAUAUUGGCAGCAGCAGCAUCAGGGCCACGUGUACGGAGGGAGUGGGUUCCAUCAGAUGGGUGUGAGUGGAGUUGGAAUGGGGAAGAGUGGGCCUGGAUCCAACAUGGGUAGGCCCAGAUGAUUAUAAUGGAUUGAGCUCUCUGCUGCUGCUCCUGGUGGCUAUUUGCUUCAGGGAUGUUUUUGUAAUUUGAUUGCUAAUUAUUUUGCUUAAAAGUGUUUUAAUUUAAGGACUGUCACAGUGUAUGCGUAUGUAAACUCCUACUUGUUAUUCAUACCGCUUUUUGGAGAAGUGUUUUACUUUUACUUGUCACUAUAAUUAGUUUGUAAUUUUGGAUUAUUAAUUGAAAGAGAGAAACUAUUCUCACCGUCA